UUGGUGAUCAGCUCCCAUAGCAACUUCAUAGCGAAAGUUCUGUGCGACUUCUACGCGGCGGUGACAUGCUCUCCGUCGCGACAAGCUGUCAGUCGAAUUCUGUACAAUAUACACAAGGGAAACGCUUCCAAACUGACUGUAAAAAUACCAAAUACCAAAACAUUCUGAAGCAUCUCGCUGGUCUGAUGGCUCUUUACAGCAAUGGAGCUUCUCCGUCUCUGAGCGAGGAAGUUGUCAAGCUUCUCGUACAGAGCGGGAUAGACAGCGGAGAACCCUGGCUGGAUAUCCUGUCGGAGGUGAAGUGCGACUCCACGACCGUCCAGUAUAUUGCUAAAAACCUCGAGGAGUACUUGUGCGGCGAGCUGAGCAUUGAGGACGCCAAGGUGCGACCCUUUUCUUUCCUCAUUCCUCACGCGCGCCCUUCCUGCGUCUACGUUGACAUCGCAAGUUCCGGCCAGAAUUUGCCCUACCUCCCUGGCCUCCUGGAUGCCACGGCGACGGUCCACUGCAAGGCGGCGGUGUGUCUGCGGCACUUCUUCCUUCAUCCCGACGAAGGGUCCUGCGAUGCCUUCUUGCGGCCCUUCAGGAAGCCUACUGACCAGACUAAGUGUCGCAUGUUCGCCUUCCUUGGAACAGUGCAAGAUGCCUCGUUGCUGUCACCCACUUUGGAACAACUGUACCUGGCUGUGGCAGACGCGGAUCAGGCUGCCAUUCUGACCGACGCUUUUACACCCAUGCGCCUACCGUGCCUUAUAAAACUUGGCGUGCACGCUAUGCCCGGGGUGCCGGCGUCGUGUCUGCAGCCUCUCCCGGCCUUGAAGUGUUCUCCCACACUCUACCUCUCUGGCGUCGACGAUAACCAGGUCCAGUGGGCGUGUGAGGUGGCCAGAGCACUGCAGCCUCCAGGAGAUUCAUUCUACUCCAUCAUGUUCCCUUGGAGCAACAUGACAACAAAAGGCUGGAAAAGGCUGAUCCUUGGCCUCCAGCAGAAGGGCGUGAAAGUGACACACCUGCAGCGUCCACCUGGCAGCCAUCAAGAGAGUCCAGCCCCAGCAGGAGGAGCUGGAGGAACUGACGCGGCAGCAUCUCGAAUGUGGCUUUAGCAUCGAGAGUGAAACCAACAUCUGUCCGAUAGUGACAUUAAGAGUUUGACGACGUGAAAGUGUCCGGAAACUAAGAAGAAGAGGAUGAACGCAGUGAUGCAAAAUGCGCCCAGGGUGAUGUCAGACAGAACAAGAGGAGGGAUACAGUGAUGCCAGAACGAAGGGCUACUGUCAAUGAGGCCAGAACAAAAGCGUACGCGCGGUGAUAUAAAAUUAUAUGCUGCCAAUGUCAGAAUAUAUUUGCCAUGGUGCCGUCAAGAGACAAUCACUGAUGCCAGAACAAGGGAUGCCCGUGAGGAUCCUAGAUUAUGAGGAUAGUCAAAUAAAUGUCAAUUCGUACUAAAAUCAUGCCCCAAAAGGUGAAAGAGUAAGAUAUCCAAAAUGAUGCACAGACACACAAGAACAUGAAGGUGCUUGCAAUGGUGCAGGAAUAUGCCCAUGGAUACUAAAAUACUUUAGAAGGAUGUCCGCAACAGUGACGAAAUAAGGGCGUAAGCUCAGUGAUAUCAUAGUUAUACACUAAUGACACCUAAAACAAAGGGAGACUUCUUGGAUUGUCAAAACAAAAAGAUACUCUUCAAUGAUGUAACAAUAACAGACGUACGGUAAUGUCAUAGGAAGAUAAUAGCAACACUUAUAAAAAAAAAAUGUAUACUCACAACAGUGGCACAAAACAGAAAAUAAUGAUAAACACUGAACAAAACACUACACGUGGAUUAGAGAAGUGGAUAGUGGAUAUGCUAGAAUUAGAAAUAGCCGCAGAUAUGCCAGACCUGUAAUGAUGCAAGAGCAAACCUCUCGCUAUCAUUUUAUGAACACAGUUAAGACAAUAACUGUGUUGAUUAUAGGUAACUGGUAUACCAAAUUUGUAUGGAUGUCAUUACAAGUGGCUAACUACAGGACUGCAUCAACAAAAUAUAUACAAAGAUGGCAGAAGAAGUGCCAAAACAAGGGAAUUUCCUAAAGUAUAACAGAAGGCCCACAGUGGUGCCAGGGCAAUAUGCUAUAGUUGCGGAAUAACAAGUGGGUAUCCAUGAUCAUACCAGAACAAAAUAUACCGACCGUGAUGCCAGAAUAGUUGAAUACAUACAUUAAUGCCAGAAUAACCGAUUACCUAUAUUGAUACUAUAACAUGGGAAUACCCUCAACGAUCAAAGUUAUAAACCACAAGUAUACCAGAACAAAAUAAUACCAGUAGUGAAACGAAGAGGAGACAGAUUAUUAAUUUUGCCAGAAAUAGUGAUUAACCACAAACGUCUAAAGCAGAAUCUGCCUUAAAUGAAACCUCAAGCAAAUUAACAAAGUUCGUAAUAAUGGUAUUCUUAAUGGUUAAUAAUUAAAACACGUCAAAGGUCUAUGCCAGAGUAGAGUAGCAAAAAGGGUUAGGAAUGAAUUGAUUAGGGUAAAGUUAGAGGUUGAACAGAAGUAGAGGAGCAUUUUGAUAAGAGUAUUGUAACGAAAAGGUUAAAAAUGAGUUAACAAUUAGAAUAAGUGGAUAGGAGAAGGGGAUGAAGAAGAGACAUAGAAGGAAAGAGAGAGAGGAAAUAACCAUUAGUUAAGGCGAGGGCAGAGGUCCAAGGCAGGAGUGAUCCCUCCUUGAGCCUCAGCAAGGGAGUAGGGGGAAACAGUAGUUCUUGAAGCAAUACCUACAGUGAUACUAGUACAAAGAGCAACCUGUACUUAAGCGUAAACUUCUCUCUGAUGAUAAUAAUAACAUUAACACAGAUAAGACAACAACGGUGUUGAUUACAGGUAACAUGUAUACCAAUUUGUAUGAUGUCAUUUUUACCUGAACUAUGAACUAAUUCAGCUGCACUGAACUUACUUCAUGUUUUAUACUUUCUAUAAUCUCAUGGACAUGAAGAGUAUAUUCUUGUUUGUGUCUCGUGAUUAGUUAAGUUAUAUUUAUUUUCUUGUGUUAUCAGCAGGAUUAGUCAUGUAGAUUAUAAACAUAGUCAUUAGUUGUAAAAUAACUAUUAUGUUGUACGUUAUGAAAUUUAAUAUAAUAUAUAUAUAUAUAUAUAUAUAUAUAUAUAUAUAUAUAUAUAUAUAUAAUAUAUUAAUAUGCAUAAUGCCAGGCCAUUUUUAUGGCUUUGUGUCAGUUAUUCCCAUCUUCCUCUUAUUAAUGUGUAUAAAUAAAUGCUUGUUGGCUAAGAUAAGAUUGCUUAGUAAAAUAUGUACCUAACAUUGUCACUCAACAAUCUGACUUUGAUAUAUAUCAGCUUCUAUAUAUAUUUGAGUGUUUUACAAGUAUUUAUUACAAAAAUGUGUGUGUGUGUGUGUGUGUGUGUGUGUGUGUGUGUGUGUGUGUGUGUGUGUGUGUGUGUGUGUGUGUGUGUGUGUGUGUGUGUGUGUGUGUGUGUGUGUAUGAAAAACUGCCUUCAAUUUUUCAGUGUUAAAUAUAAAUCUUAUUUCAGUCCCCAAUCUCAAAAAAUAUUCAUAACAAUGGAAUAAGGAAAUAAACAUUUAGCUGGUACUAAUAAAAACAACGCACUUUUAAAA